AUGGAAACAGAAUCUCAUCAUGCGCCGGAAGGCGAAUUCCCACAUUCGCCUUGGGUAGAGCUGGGCGCAUUCACCUCACCGCAGCAUUCGCCGCCGAUGCCCGAAUAUAGCGCAUUCGACUACGGUCCUUCGUCGCUCAUGGCGGUGGAUGGACCUUACAUGUCGAUCCCGCCACCUUACGCCUCGAUGUCGCUACCCAUGCCCUCGCAUUCGUGGCCCAGCAUGCUUACCACUCAAUCCCCGUUCCACGAAAACGGUCUCCCGCCCGCGCCCGUUCCGACUUCGAUUUCUCCAUCAGCCCCGAAACCGGUUCGAAAAUCGUCCACCGGCGGUUCCACCCCCCGCAGAACGCUUACCGAUGAGGAUCGCCGAAAUAUGUGUUUAUACCACGAAGAGAACAAGACUGCCAAGCAGACUGAUAUUGGAGCGCUAUUUGGUGUGGAGCGAAGUACGGUUUCCAAGGUCCUACGCCAAAAGGACAAAUACCUCAACCCCGACGAUGGGACUCGGUCGCCUAUCAAGCGCGCAAAGGGCAAGGUGCCUGAUAUUGAAAAGGCCUUGGUCAACUGGGCAAGAAACUACCAGCGCCACGGACACCCAUUAAAUGACGAGAUGAUCAAGGAGAAAGCUCUUUUCUUUGCCAGCACCUGCGGCUGCCCCGAAGGCAAGGAAAAGGUGUUGACGUCCAGUUGGCUCGAGAAGUUCAAGCAGAAGAACAACUUCCUCGGCGCAAAGGUUCGAAAGGGCUCUAUCGGCAUUAAAAGCGGUUCAAAUAGCCCGACCCCCAUCAACACCGACUUUGCUUCAUCUUCCAGCCACUCGCCCUGUUCUCCUCCUGGUGGUAUUGGUUCGCCUCUGUAUCCUCAGAGUCACGGCAUCAAGAAGGAGGUAGAUGGACUUCCCGAGCUGGCGGGCGGCUACCAACAUGCCCAUUCCCAAAGCACGACCUCGCUGGAUACUUCAUCUUCGGUGGGAAUGAUCAGCCCGACUUCUACACUCGUCUCCGACAGCCCCUUUACCCCGACCAGUCAAUCACGCCUCCCGUGCGGUCACAAUAUGAGCCGACCGCGCAGCCAGACAUUUCCAUGCGUGCCUAUUGACCCAAACCUGAUGACGGCAGGCGAGUCGAUGGACUCGCAAUGUAUCAAGACCGAGGGCGAGUCCCAACUUGGACUCACCAUCUUGGAGUCACCGCUAGAAAUGGAAGACCACCAAUCUCGCACCAUCAAGGGUGCUCAGCUUCCGACCGUGAUCAAACGCAACCGCAGCAACCCUGAGAUCAAGACUACGUCCAUGCAGCCGCCUCCAUCUGUCUCCAGGUCCUCUGCUACCGCCUCGCCCAUCAGCGCAGGUAGCGCCCCAAGGUCCCCGACCCAGGAUGAGGCUCGGAAUGCCCUCGAGCUCGUGCUAAACUACUUCCAGCACCAGCCGGCCGGCCUCGCAGUCCAGGAAUUCGUGACCAUCGGCAAACUGAUGGAGCGCCUCGAGCUGGCCAGGAGCCACCAGAGCACGCUGCUGGGAGGCUUGACUCGGAUUGACGAACACGACGUUCCACACAUAAGCAAGAAAAACAGCAUCCCCAAUCUGGGUUGA